AUGAAUGUGAGUUGGAGAAUUUCUGUUUCUUGUCUGAGGAUACAAAAGUUGCUGUACAGAUACCAAAGUGGUUAUCACCCAUCAGUUCCUCUGGGAUCAAGGAUUUUAACUGACCCAACCAAAGUUUUUGAACACAACAUGUGGGACCAUAUGCAAUGGUCAGAAGAAGAAGAAGCAGCUGCCAGAAAAAAAGUAGAAGAAAACUCAUCUGUGCGAGUCCUUCUGGAAGAACAAGAUAAGUAUGAGAGUGAAGCUAGUAAAUAUUGGGACAUGUUUUACAAGAUUCAUAAGAAUAAGUUUUUCAAGGAUCGUAAUUGGCUGUUUAGGGAAUUUCCUGAAAUUCUUCCAGUUGAUCAAAGAGCUACAGAGAAAGCAAAAGAGUUAUCCUCGAACCAUGUAAAAACUAGUGUGGCAAAUUGCUUCUCAACAAUGCCUGAAGUGAAAAAUCAUUACAAGAAAACUUUUGGCUCAUCAGAUGGUCAAAGCCGAGCAGGAAAUGAUUGUUCCAACCAAGACUCUGAAGAGCACAGAAAGGAACCUCUGAAGAUGGAAUUGUUUCCUGGUAGCAAUGCCACUUUCAGAAUACUGGAGGUUGGCUGUGGUGCUGGAAAUAGUGUCUUUCCGAUCCUGAACAUAUUACAGAAUGUGCCAAGGUCCUUCCUUUACUGUUGUGAUUUUGCUUCUGAAGCUGUGGAGCUAGUAAAGUCCCACUCAUUCUACAGAGCAGCCCAGUGUUCCGCCUUUGUUCACGAUGUAUGUGAUGAUGGCUUACCCUACCCUUUUCCAGAUGGGAUUCUGGAUGUCAUUCUCCUCGUCUUUGUGCUCUCUUCUGUGCAUCCUGACAGGAUGCAGAGUGUUAUAAACCGACUGUCCAAGUUACUGAAACCUGGGGGAAUGUUGUUAUUUCGGGACUAUGGACGAUAUGAUAAGACGCAGCUUCGUUUUAAAAAAGGGUGUUGUCUAUCUGAAAAUUUUUACGUUAGAGGAGAUGGUACCAGAGCGUAUUUCUUCACAAAAGGGGAAGUCCACAAUAUGUUCUGCAAAGCUGGCCUAGACGAGAAGCAAAAUCUGGUUGAUCGUCGCUUACAAGUUAAUAGGAAAAAGCAAGUGAAAAUGCAUCGAGUGUGGGUUCAAGGCAAAUUCCAGAAACCAUUGUGCUUGACUCAAAAUAGCUCCAAACUGUGUUUUUCACUCCUUUCUGGUAAUUGA